UGACGUAUUGCGGAAGUUUUCGUUCAGAAUGAAACAUGGCUGCUGCUUCUGCUUCUGCUUUGAGGUCCGGUGUGAAUUCUAAGUUAUGUUUGUUUGCGCAUUUAGUGAUUUUUGCCUGGUAUGUGUUCACACUGAAUGCUAACUGCGCCAUAGCGGUUUCAGGGCGACAUCCGGGCACUCUGUCUUACGGAGGCCGGUGGAAAUAUUUAACCUUCAUCAACCUGGUGAUGCAGACGGUGUUUUUCGGGCUCUGUGUUGUAACCGAUCUAAUCCAGAUGGCGCUGCCGAGGAAACGCAGCGACUCGUCGUUCCUCGUCACAGCGCGGGAUUUCUUCUUCACCGUUCUGGCUUUUCCGGUGGGAACCUUUGUCUUCGCUUCUUUCUGGUCCAUCUACGCCUACGACCGAGAGCUGGUCUUCCCCAAGGUUUUAGAUGACAUCAUUCCUACAUGGCUUAAUCACGCUAUGCACACUGUAAUCCUGCCGCUGCUCCUGGUGCAGAUGUUUCUUCAGCAUCACAAACACCCGAGUCGUUCCAGAGGAAUCCUGGCCCUGGCGCUCUUCGCCUCCCUCUACUUGGCCUGGGUGCUGUGGGUGCGGCAUGCAUCAGGGAUCUGGGUUUACCCCAUCAUGGCUCACCUCAGUCCCGCAGGCCUCGUCGUGUUCCUCAGCGUGGCGUCUCUCAGCAUGGCUCCUCUUUACCUGCUGGGGGAGAAACUCAACCGUGUCAUUUGGGGUCCUACAGAUGCAACGUCUCACUCACAACCUCAGAAAAAGAAGAAGAAAUGAAGAACCAGAGAAAUGACCAUCGACUGACUACAGAGAGCCGGACCAGAUCCUUCACCAGCACGGACAAAAUACUGCAAUAGCACUGAGAAAAAGGGAUUUACAUUACCACAAUAGUAUAACCACAUGCAAAGCUAAGCGUUCACACAGAUGAUUCACUAAAUGUUCACGCAGAUGAUUCACUAAAUGUUCACGCAGAUGAUUCACUAAAUGUUUACGCAGAUGAUUCCCUAAGUGUUCACACAGAUGAUUCCCUAAGUGUUCACGCAGAUGAUUCCCUAAGUAAUUCAGUAAAUGAUUCAGUAAGUGUUCAUGCAGAUGAUUCCCUAAAUGAUCACGCAGAUGAGUCACUAAAUGUUCAUGCAGAUGAUUCCCUAAGUGUUCACGCAGAUGAUUCCCUAAGUGUUCAUGCAGAUGAUUCACUAAGUGUUCACAUAGAUGAUUCAUUAAGUGUUCACGCAGUCGAUUCCCUAAGUGUUCACGCAGACGAUUCCCUAAGUGUUCACGCAGUCGAUUCCCUAAGUGUUCACGCAGACGAUUCCCUAAGUGUUCACGCAGACGAUUCCCUAAGUGUUCACACAGACGAUUCCCUAAGUGUUCACGCAGACGAUUGCCUAAGUGUUCACAUAGAUGAUUCAUUAAGUGUUCACGCAGUCGAUUCCCUAAGUGUUCACGCAGACGAUUCCCUAAGUGUUCACGCAGAUGAUUCCCUAAGUGUUCAUGCAGAUGUUUCACUAAGUGUUCACAAAGACGAUUCAUUAAGUGUUCACGCAGACGAUUCCCUAAGUGUUCAAGCAGACGAUUCCCUAAGUGUUCACGGAGACGAUUCAUUGUCACAAUACAGUUUAUGUUGAAGAACGGGAUCAUUUGCACAUUUCUAAUCUUAAGGAAAAAAUCUGCUCAUGUAAAAGCAUCGUAAUACGCUACUGUUUAAUGUUUUCACACCUGAAACAUGAAUUUUAACCUUGAAAUUCUGUAUGCUGUACUCUCCUAAAAUGCUGGAUGUCAGAGGGCCAGUUGUUUAUCAUGUAGAACAUUUUUAACACAAAUGAAUAACCGCGUGACGAUUGAAGAAUAUCUUUGCUGGAUUAUUAUGUGACUUGACGAAGUCAGAUUUUAAUAAAAGAUAUAUAUUA